AUGCUACCACCGCAGCUCCAGCACAGCCUUAGGCACCGCUCGCUGUCAACCGGUUCAAUCACCGCCGUCCGGUCAUUGACCAGCCCCAGUGUCCACGGCACUACAGCUUGUGCUCAAGCCAGGAGCUUAUGGAGCUGGAGACGGCCUUGUGACUACGCCUCACACAUCGACCCAAUGUAUCACCGUUUCACUAGAUAUCGAACGCUUCGAACGCGUGCGAAGCUCCUUGACAAGCUACGACGCCGUGGCCGAUGGGACUGGGAUGCUACCCAACGUCCAUUCUUCACUCCCAAGCAUGUCCGUCUGGCACAUCACAUUGGCCGGCCGAGAUGGAGCUACCAUGAAGACGGCAAGAAGCAGUCUAGCCAGGAAGCUGCAGAAGAGGAUGGCUUGGAGCUCAGCCAAAGAGAAAAGGAAUGGAAAGAUCAGAUGGAAGCUAUGCGUAAACGCAUUGAGAUGGAUCCAUACGAGGCUGUCUUUGGCAAGAGAUUUGAGCCUUUCUGGAGUCCGCUCGUGCCGAGCUGGAUGAGAGAAGAGAUGGGCCUUGAUCGAUCGACUCGUCCGACCGAAGCCAAGAGCACAGAUACCACCUCGACCUCAAUACCUAUCAAGCCAGUAGCUAGACGUCCUGAAGGCAAGACUGAACCCGUGAAGCCACGAGAGCGUUCCCAGUCGCCAAAGCCGAAGAGGGACGAAGGAGAAAAUGACGUGCCGAAUGGCCAACUUACAACAUACUCGUACACUUCCAAGAAAGCGGUUGCCGAGCCUGACCCAGAAUGUCCAAAUGGCCAGCUCACGAACUACUCUUACGGAUCGACUACUUCGUGGGACUCUUGGACGAAGAAGACCCGCCGGGAGGAAUGGGAUUCGAUCUCUGGCGAAACUAGACGAUAUGAAUACGAUCCUAUUUCGAACCGAAUGGUGCAGAUCGAUGGCAAACCACCGACUAAAUCGGACGAUCUCAAGAAGGUAGAAGCGUUGAAAAAUGAUACAUUGAAGGCCGUGCCUGAAAGCCAAUCGACCUCCCAAGACACUACUAGCACUUCUCCUCAACAACAACAACCCACGGCAGCGACCACCAAUGAGUCUCGACGAGCAAUUCCCGUUCCGACCGAGACUACGGACUCGACUGCGAAAAAGACAUCAAUCUACUUCCCUUCGCUUCUGAACACCUCGGUUGUCUCGAACUCGACCAAGCCAUCUUCCCUUGCUACAGUCCGAGAAAAGGAGUUGGAUCUUCUCACUGCUGAGGAUGUGCGCGCUUCCAUGGGCAAGGCCAACAAGGCUCGUAGUCUUGAAGGUCUUCGAAAUGACACCGACAAAAUGAACAGCCCGAAAGAGCACGCAAAGACAAGCAAGCUCGAGACGUCACUCGAUCGGAACGCUAGCUCACAGACUGUUUUCAAGAAGGGGUCUGAUCGUCCCACGUCGUCGUUGGUUUCCUCGCUCGCGCGUAUGCAAUCGAAAGAACUCCCAACCGUUGAUGAACUCGACGAUUCCGCAGCGCAUGAGUCCACUGGCGAUCGCGUCGACUACAGUUCUACGAAUCUACCAAAGCAAUGGAACCAGCAAGCUGACCUACUUCAAGCUGAUCGUGUCAGACGUACACGUGGUGUAAUCCCCGAGCCUCGUAUGAUCGACAUUGUCCAGGCGAAGAAAGCAGGGGAGAAGAACGCUGACGGCAAACCACGAUGGAUCGAUAUGAUGAACGCUCGCAAAGCUCGCUACGACGCCGAUCAGGUUGCCUUCAAAGCCGCUCAGGAGAUUCGCGAUGCCCAAGAGAACGCCAAGGUUGAGAAGCUAAAGGCAAUGCACAAUGCUGAAGUCAACGACCAAAAACUUCACAUGCAGGCCCACGAGACUCGUUAUGUCCACAAGAUCCGGGCAUUGAGACAGGAACUCGAGACAGCGUGCAAGCAGAGCAGCAUCAAUGCUGAGAUGCAGGUUGAGAGGAUCAGAAAUCUCGAAGAUGAGCUCGCUAGAGCACAAAAGGCUGCAGGGGAGACCUCUGAUAUCGCCAGACACCAGACUGAAGGCGAGAAGUAUCAACGCAAGAUCAGCGAACUCAGGAAAGAGCUCGAUGCAUCCUUCAAACAGAGCAGUGUCAGCUCAGGAAAGCAUGUCGAGCGAAUCCGCGAACUUGAAAAAGAGCUUGAGAAGGCCCAGGCGAGCGGCAAGACUUCUAUACAGAUGGAGAAAGAACGCUACGUGCAGAAGACGAAGUCACUCCGUGACGAACUGGACCGAACAUUCAAGCAAAGCGCAGCGAAUGCUGAGAAGCAUGUUGAGAGAAUCCGAGAGCUGGAGAAGGAGCUCGCUGAGUCUCGUGGUACCACUACCAGGAGAACCAGAGGCCCUGAUGCUGUCCAGGCCGAAGGAGACUUCAGCGCCAACGUCACGAAGUUCGCCAAAGAUAGCAGCAAGUGGUACAAGCAACCUUCUUACACGCCAGAGGUGACUGGCAAGCCAAGCGCAGAGGAGAUACAGAAGGCGGCUCAGAAGCAAAAGGAUAUCGAGCUAGUGAACGACGUAAGAGCUAUCUAUGAGAAUAGAUACGGCAAGAUCGAUGUCAGCCACCGCCAAGCUAGGCCAAAGACCACGAUGCAGGCUUCAAGGCAAAUUCCGCAAGUGGUAGAAGUCGAGUCAGACGUCGACCUGGGCAAAGCACUAGCUGACUACGAGGCUGGCCAAACGUACGAGUAUCGACGAGACAACCUCGAAGCUGAGAUCGCUGCUCAGGAGAAAGAAGCCCACGAAGCGCAGGAGUUGAUGGCGCCCGAGUCGUCUGGCAAGAUGGAGCAAGCCAUCGCCAAAAGCUUGAAGCUAGACCAAGAUGUGCAUGGAGCUCGCAUUGUCGACGACACCGUCCCCAGACUGAUCCCGACCGAGAUCGCCGCUCGUACCGAACCUGCUGUUGAUACCGAGGCCGAGCCAACGAAGAGUGAACUCAACUCGUGGGGCAUUGUGUGGGAGGAACCACCAGUCUACAAGGUCCUGGCUUACGAUUCUGGUAAUGACAUGUUCUCGACUGCCACGACCUCGUCCAACUUCACUGGCAAAGAGACCCCCAUCUCCAUCCCGCAAGCGCUCUCUCAGCUCUACCAGCCCGCUCGAUUCGUUCCUCACUUUGCGGAGCUUCAGAAGGAGGGAUAUCAGGUGGUGUACGGAACCAAGGACUUGCUCGUCUUUAAGAAGGUCAAGACAACGUCAGAGACUUCUGCUGUGGCAAGCCCUGAGUCUCAAACGAACCUGGCUGAUCAUGGCGUCGUGAAACCGACUGCUCCUGAGACCAGCAACGAGAUAACGCCCCAUGCACCAGGCGUGAACCCAAUCGACGGCACCACAUAUCCUCUCGAGCCCGAGUCAGCCGGGUUCGCCUCCCCGACCGGAUUCGUAGGAGACCGAUGGGAGACCCUCGCCUCAGAAGGCAAAGUCCAAUCGCCCAGCACCGUCUCCAAGCCAGAAGCAGAACCCGAAUCCGCCGAGCUGAAGUCUCCUCACCCCAGCUACAGCCAACCCGCCGACGAGGACGCCGAGAUCGACAUCCGGCACUACCCACGCGUGAAGCGAGAAGAGCGCGUCUUCUCCGGCUCUCGCCUGCAACGGCCCAAGAAGCAGCGACGCCACCACCACGAGCCUUCGCAGGAACAGGUCAGAGAGAUGAAGCGCAAGUGGCACAGCUGGCGGGCACGUUUCCGGUGGGCGUUGAGCGUCGGCGUGGGAGCCAGUUUCGUGGCGUACUGUAUCGGUGCGGCUGCUGAGCGGAAGGAGGUGAGGGAGAAGGAGCGCUGGGAGCAGAUUUUGGAGGGGAGAAGGGGCAGGUGGGAGUAG